AUGGACCCAAGCUCAGAUCUUUACAAGUCGUUAGAAGUAGUAGCCAGUGUUUUUGGAUGGACAUAUUUCAUAGCAUGGGGACUUACUUUCUAUCCUCAAUUAUUUCUCAAUUGGAAACUUAAAAGUGUAAAAGGACUUUCUAUCGACUUUAUAUGGUAUAAUUUUUAUGGAUUUUUGUGUUAUUUUGUAACUGAAUAUCGUGAAAGAAAUGGCGGAAAAAAUAAUUUAGUUAGAUUUAACGAUUUAUUGUUUUCAUGCCAUUCAUUAAUUGCUUCUACAGUAUUACUAUUUCAAUUAUUUUUAUACAAGAAUAGUGACACUCCAAGACCAUCAGUGUCCACAUUUGUUGUGAUAACUAUUGCUACAUUUGUAACAUUUUUAAUGUUUAUAGCUGUAAAACUUGCCUUUAUUGAAUGGAUAGAUGUAUUAUAUUAUCUAAGUUAUUUGAAAUUGCUUUUUACUUGUAUUAAGUAUUCUCCUCAAGUUUAUUUUAAUUAUUCAAGAAAAUCAACUCAUGGAUGGAGUAUUUACACAAAUAUACUGGAUUUCACUGGUGGUGUAUUUUCAACUCUACAAAUACUGUUAGAUGCCUAUAUAGACGAUAAUUGGGCUGGUGUAUUAGGUGAUUUUGUUAAAUUGUAA